UAAUAACGCAAGAAAUGCAGGCUCCUUUCCCGUUCUCGCUGUCAUUACUGAUUACCGCAGCAUCAUACAAUUCUUGUUUCCGCAACUCCUGUCAUUUCAUUCUUUCCUCCACGGGGGCCUAUUCUGUCCAUAAUCCCUGUUGAGGGUAUUCUUCCACAUCUUUUCCGCCUGCCCUUCUGCUCUCCCGGACAUUUUAUUCAGACUCAUUCUUUACAUCCUCUGCAUACACGUAGCUCUUGAUUUGUAGCUUUGGUGUGAAAUACUAGGAUGGGAGCCUUCGACAAGCUUAGAGGAGAUCAAGUGUCCAGCGGCUUUUGGGGAGAGCAUACGAGUACCAUUGACUGGUGCGAAACCAACUAUUCCCACAGCCCAUACAUUGCUGAGUUCGUUAACACUCUUUCCAAUCUCCCCUCAUUCCUCAUUGGUCUCUAUGGGUGCUACUCUGUCCUCAAGAACGGCCUACGCAAAAGAUAUGCUCUGUGCUAUCUUGGCCUUAGCUUGAUUGGCGUGGGAAGCUUUGGUUUCCAUGCGAGCUUGAGAUGGGAAUGGCAGUUGAUGGACGAACUACCCAUGAUCUAUGUGGUGUCUUAUGCCGCCUACCUCGUGCUCGACACUUUACCAGGUUUUGAACCGCGUUUCGGUACCAUUGGACCCUUGAUAUUGUUGGCUUGGGAUGCCUUUGUGACUGUUUCAUACAUCUGUCUUCCAAACCCCGUUUACCACCAAGUUGCUUUUGCUGCGAUCCUUAUUACAGCUACCCUUCGCACCAUAGCCCUUAUGUUCGAUCUUCCUGCAGGACAUCCAGCCCGCCGUACUAUUGGCAUAAUGAUGGCCUGGGGGAUUGUCACCUUCGCUACUGGGUUCGGCAUCUGGAACAUUGACAAUAUCUUCUGUGGGCAGUUAAGAGCUAUCAGAUCCAUGAUUGGGCCGUUCGGUGUACUUGUGGAAGGACACGCCUAUUGGCAUUAUAUGACAGGAUACGGUGCUUAUUUGAUUUUCACGGCUUCCAUCCUCCUCCACUGUCUUAUCAAAGAUGACAUAAAAGGUUAUCAUAUCGACGGCAGAUGGCUUCCUACGGUGAAUCAUCGUCCACAGGUAGCUAGUAAACCCGAGUCGAAGGACUGGAAGGGAACCAUUACCCCACCUGAAAAGCUAGAUUGAGCUAGAUCAAUCGUAUGUUGAGAGGAAUACCGGUGAUUUUAUUGGAUUUAUGUAGUAGCCAAGCAUCUGUAUUAGGAAAAUACAGCACGAUUUCAGCGUUUAUGCAUAAGUGAUUCGAGGU